UUUCCAUCUGAUUGAAAACCCACACUUCAUUAAUAUGGUUCAAUCACUGAGACCAGGAUACAAUCCACUCAACAGAGCAGAUGUUGCAGGGAGACUGCUGGAUAACGUUUUAGAACACAGAAAUGGAGCAGUAGGUUAGCAAUUUUACCCUCUAGAGUUGUUACAUAAAUCUUGAUGGGUGGAGUGCUGUCCGCAACAACCCUGUUGUAUGUGCUUGUAUAACAACAGAAAAAGGGAAUGUCCUCCUUGCAAAAACAAUUGUUACAUCAGAAAACGCAUGCACAGCAGAAUACUUACAAGAAUUGAUAGCAAGAGGUAUAACAACAUGCGAACAAACAUUCAAAUGUCUAGUAUGCAGUUUGGUCUCAGACAAUGCUGCAAACGUAUUCAAGGUGAAAAGAAAUUUAGAAGAGUAGGAAGGGAAUAUGAUACUAAUAACAUAUAGUUGCAGUACUCUUGCACUGAACCUCCUAGUGAAAAACUUCAGUGUUCCAGAAGUAAAAACCAAAUUGUUAAAGCCUUCAUUUUGCAGCAGAAGCUCUGAAAAGAAUGGGUGGAACCAAGCUAAUGCUUCCACAAGAUGUUAGGUGAAACUGACUGUUUUGAGCAGCAUAUCAAGAACUGGCCUAUUCUGAUGACAUUUUGUGAACAAAAUCAAGAGAAAAUAUAUGGCACUGUCAUGGCCAGAAUCCUCAACACUGGGCUUAAGAGAAAUGUUGAACAUAGGUUGAGCAUCCUGAAACCCAUUUCUGAAGAUUUAGACAAAAUACAGAAAAACAGCUGUUUUAUUGCUGAUGCUGUUGAAAUUUGGAAGGAACUGAGUGAGCACUUAAAACCAGAAUCACACACUGACAGCAUCACAGAAACAAAUGGGACAAUCACUAUCUCCAGCUCAUUUUCUUGCUAAUAUUGUCAAUAUCUGGUACCAGGGUCAAACCUUAAAUGUUAGCUAUGACAUGGAUAUCCAGCAAUCAUCUAUCUAUAAUGCCGAAUAUAAUACACUUAAAGCUAAGGGGGAACCAUUCAAGCAAUAUAUGUUUGCUGAAGAUGUUCUAAAGAAAGCCACAGCAGUGGACUGGUGGAAGUCACUUAAGCACAUGGAUUUAGAGACUGUUGAAGUAAUGAUUUCACUUUUAACAGCAGUACCUUCUUUUGCUGAUGUAGAAAGAAUAUUCUCUUACUUUGGACUCAUUCAUUCUAAAUCGAGAAAUCGUUUGGGACCCAAUAAAGCAGGAAAGGUUGCUUUUCUUUUCCAGAUUAUGAACAAACAAGAUGAAGAUGAAUGAGCUACAGAGGACAGUAUUUUAAGUUUUUCAUCUGUGAACCAGGCUAUCUUCCUCAGAACUGUGAUCCUAACAUUCCCCUAGUUGCUCAGGAAUUAAUGAAAAAGAUGAUCCGUCAAUUUGCAAUUGAAUACAUUUCAAAAAGUAGUAAAAUGCAAGAAAAUAGAAAUGGUUCAUCAUUUGAAACGAGUCUGAUACAUAAAGAUAUCCAAACAAGCCAAACAGAAAAUUCACUUCAGGAAGAACAGGAUAGCCCUCUAGACCUCACUGUGAAUCGAACACAAGAGCAGGAUACUCAGCAAGGGGAUGGAGUGCUAGAUCUGUCUACAAAGAAGACAAGCUUGGAACAGUCAGUCUAUGAUGGAUCAUGUUCUGAAAAUUCAGUGUCUGGUUCAAGUACAACAGCUGGUGAAAAAUCAGAGGAAACACCUAAAUUCGAAAGAGGAAACUCUGCUUUAAGCAAGGUUUUGGCAUCAUUAUGCUUGUAUCAUUGCCAUCAGAUUUUAGCUAUGUUGAAAUUUUUGAUCCAAGAUCAGUAUAUUCAUGCAGUUUGCAAUUGCCAGUUGCUGAGUACUGUGUAUUCUGAAACAUCUGAAGAUGAUGGGCACAUUCCAUUCUGCAGUUGUGAUGUCCACAUGGUAAUGAAAAGAUGCUGUUUACAAAAUCAAAGACCAAAUACUUGUUUACCACCUCUACCAGCCUAUGGGAAAAAUAAGGAUUGUUUGUCAUGCCAGUCUGUGGCUGUUGGAUAUUUUAACCCUGUGGUAAACAAAGGGAAUCCUGUGCCUUGUAGUUCUCAUGGAUGCUGCAUGAAGCAAUUACAACUGUGUACACAUCUCUUUUCAACUGGGCAGAAGAAUAACAAAGCUUGCAGAGGACGCAGCCCUUCACCACCUCCAUUAUCUCCUGUGGAAGCUGAUGAAUAUGAUUCUUUGGAGGAAUUGGUUGAAGGUUCUCUGGCUUUAGAUAAAAGACUUGAAAUGAAUAGUAAGCCUCCAUCUCUCUUGCCAGCUGAAAAGGCUUGUUCAGUGUGUGAACAGAAAUAUAAAGUAUGUAUCAAAGAAGUAUCUGGCAACUUGGAUGAAACCUUUCAAAGUGCAAAUCAAGUAAAUAGCCUUAUAAAUUCCGAUAAACUUGAAAAAGCUGAAAAUGCUAGUGCAUUUCAGGAUUUAAUGGAUCGAAUCAACGAGAAAUUAAAAUCAAUAGAAACCACUGAAAUGGUAAAUCCUACAAAAUUAUCUAAAAGUGAUGGGAGAUCAGAUGAUAUUAAAUUACGGAGCUUCAUAACAUCUCUCUUACACGAUGCUAAAGUAAAUGAUUACAAUUUUAUGGAAUUAUUGAACCAGUAUGACAAAGAAGUGGAAAAUAAAAUUAUCCAAACAAGAUUUCGCAAACGGCAAGAAACCUUAUUUGCAAUGCAUAAUUCACCUGAUUCAUCUCUGUUUAGGCGACAGUCUUUGCAAAUCAAGAGGGAACUAGCUAGUCUUGAUGAAAGCUUCAUAAGAAAAAAAGCAAGUUCAGAGAGAAUUACAAAGAAGCCUACAAAGAGCGACAAACUAUCAGUGAACAAAAUUGACAAUCUUAUGACAUUAAAAGAUCUUGCCUUACAAAAUAAUGAAAAUAAAGAGAGCCUGUUUUCUCAAACAAACUCACAUUCUUCGCCAAUAUAUCAGGAAGCGUCACUAGAACUACCUCUGAAUAAUUCAGAAACUAAUUCUGGUUUUAUGAAAUUUUCAGAAAAUAAUUCAGCAUCCCAAGCUAACUUGGCUAAACUACAUGGAAGCUGUGGAGUUGAAUUAUGUAUGGAUCCGGUCCCUGUAAAGGCAGAUCAUGACAAGAUAACAGAUAGGACUAAACAUAAUAUUAUUCCACCUAUGUGGUGCUCAGUAUACGUAACAAACAAUUUUUUGUUUCAAAAAUCCUCAAAGAUAAAACUUCCUCUCUGUAUAGAAGGAGAUAAAAUGCCUAAAGAUUUUCAGCCCAAAACAUGUAGCAAUGAAGAUAUAAAUAAGAUAGUACGAAACACAAAUCUUCAUGUUGUUGUAGAGCGUUUGGAAGAUACAAUAAACAUGGCCCAAAAGACUAAAACAACAUUGUUUAAUGGUUAUAAAAUAUCCAGCAAGUUGAAAGACCUUCAUAGCUGUGAUGCUAAAUCUAAAAGUGGCCUUCUCAUUAACAUGAAUGAAACUGGAAGUAAAGGACAAUAUGUAUUAUCAAAAGGUCAUGAGCCAUUUAGCAAUAAUAGCAAAAAGGAAUGUGUUUUGAAAAAAGAUGUAUCAGGUGAACCGUAUAAAAGCCUUUUGAAUUCCCCAAACUUUGAUUCAGAUGUAUUGAUUUCCAAUCAUAAGGACUUGCAAACAAAUUCUGAUCCUGGUGAUAAUUCACCAAUGCUAACUUACACUAGUCCAAUAAAGCUUAUGUUCCUUUCAGAGAUUAACAGCAGUGAAGGAGUCAAAUAUACACUAACCUCUGUAAAAGAUUCUUCUAAGUUAAACAUUGAUCUUUUUUCUGCUGAGGGGAAAACAAGUCUCCUGUCAGAAAACCAGUUGGAAGGAAGAGAUCCUGCUAAAAAUGUUUCUAUUGAUGAAUGUCUCUGUAGUGAAAAUACUCUAAAACAGGAUGUAAAUUCUGUCUUUCCUGCAAUAGUUGCUAAUGAAACAAAUGUUGAUGAAUGUAAGCCAAAUGAACAUGUAGAUCAAAGUAGCAAUGGAUCCUCCCUAAAAAGAAAACCUGGCCGGCCCAAAAAAAUAGGUCCUCAAGUUGUGAAACAGGUUAAGCGGCCAAUUGGGCGACCACCAAAGCCUAAAGUAGAUAUUUCUGAAAAUGUCAGUCAUAUGAGUGAAUCUAUUAGUGCUAGGAAAAAUGCCAGCUGUAAUUCAGAAAUUCUAAAGGAGGAUAACAUUAACAAAAAUAUUACUGUGACAGUUGUCUUUGGAAGAUCACGAAGGACCAAGAGGUGUGUUUCUGAAGGUAGCCUAAAUGUAGGUAGUGUGGUACCAGGUGCUCACAGUGAUUGUGAUGCUAUAUGUGAAUCUGCUCAAGUGAGACAGAACUCAGAAAACAAGAAUGAUUUGCCAAAAAUAAAAAGUGUGCACAAUUCUACAAGAAAAGAGAUCUCCGGAUCUGGUUAUGAGCAUGUUAGACCUCUGGAGAGCAGCCCAGUACUACCAUCCCAUUGCAGCAAUAUCAUAAGACCAAAUCAAAAGCCUUUAAAUAUAGUUAGAAAACCUGGGAGACCAGCAAAAGUGAAAAUAUCUGGCAUAUCUGUGACUGUUAAUCAGAUUUCAUCUCAGGAAAGAAAAGUAAGUAUUAACAGCUGUCUGCCUCCUUUAGAACAAGAGACUGUGUUAGAAAAAAAUCCAUCAUCUAAGAAGGAUGAUAAGCAGUGCAAUCAGGGUGUUUCAAAAAGCUUUUGGAAUGAUGCAAGUGAGGAUUUGUCACAUGAGAAGGUUGCAGUACCCUCCAAAAAGCCUGAAAUCCCUUUGAGGCAAUCUCUUAGAGACAGAAGACCAUCACUGCCUUUCUUACAUUCUUUGGCAUCUUCUAACCCAUUAUCUUGUAGACGUGCCUUUCUACAUAAAUCAUAUAAACUUUGUUUGAAAAGUGCUAAAGAUCAAAAAAUUAAGAAUCACUCCAAUCUGACAUCCAAACAUACCUCAGUAAAAAGGAAUCCAGAAAAUGCAAAGAAAUAUUAUGAGAAUAAUACAUUCAAGUCCAUUAGUGAAAUGUCAUCAGAUCCCAUAAUUUCAUCCAAUUCUUCCCUUAGGUGGUGGGAUCCUUCCAUUUCAAAUGAUUCAUUGUUACAAGAACUUAACAGUAGAUAUGACCAGAUAACAAAUACUUGGUUGCAUGUGAAUGGAGAAGAAUUUGGAAAAUGUCUGUAUGACAAUAUGGAACAAGACUGUAGUGUGAAAGUAUCAAACCCUUUGGACUCUUGCUUUUUACAGCUUGAAAAUUCCCCUAUAAAAAUGCUUUUCCAGAAAAAAUGCAAUAUAGAUGAACUGUGCACAUGGUUUAUGCAAACAACAGAAACACAGUCACUUUCAUUAGUGCGAAAAGCAAAUGCUCGAAAUCCCUUUGAAGUAAUUAGUACAAGGCAAUUUAAAAUGGGAGCAAGACAAUAUGAUUGUAAUACUAGUCCUUUGAGAAAGCACUUUAAAAAAUUUGCACUAUCCACACCUUCAAAAUCAGCAGGAAAGUUACAAAUGCUACAUAAAAUAGUCAGGUCUCAUGUCUUAAACAGGAAACGUAACUUCACAUUAGCUAAAUUACAAAGAACCAAAUUUGAGAAUUUGCAGCAUGAUCGGUGGAGACAAAUCAAAAAAUUGUACAAUCAUGGAACAAGUGACUGGAAGUCCAAAAAAAGAAAUUUGCGAUUCUUCUGCCAAAGCCAAUGUUUGACUAAUACAAAAAGGAAAAUUGACAGCAAAAUGUGCAUGAACCAUGGGAAUACUGCAGUAGAAAUUCAGUCACCCACAAUUUUGAUAGAAUCUCAUAGAAUCACUUCAUCAACUGAAAAUGAAAUCAGAGAUACAUUCUUUCAACAAAAAACACAAUUGUCUGACCUCAGUACAAAACCUGGCUUAAUAAGUAAUUAUAGGCCAAGCACACAAUCAGCGUAUUAUAACCAGCAAAAGACUGGGAAAGCACAGUCCCCUGGUGAACUUGGUGAAGGGACUUGGAAAGGCAAAACCUUUAAGGAUUGUAGAAUAUUUUUGAAGAAAAUCAAUCCUGUUGAAGAGCAACAUUCUUUUAAUAAAAACCUUGCUGUUUGCACUCCAGAAUCCAUUGAUCAUAGUACCAGUCAAAGCUACUUUCAGGAAAAAGGGCAUUGUACUUUGAGGUCCCAUUCUGCAAAGCAAACCAUACCUGACAGGUGUGAAAAGGAUGCUGAACCAUCUAAAGGAGGUAAACAUUCCAGCUUUGUUAAAGGGCUGCAUCUUGAACAAAACAGCAAGAAAUCAAGCAAACGAGUCACCUUUGAUGAUGGCCCUACUGAGGUUCCUAAAAAAAUUAAUAAAAGGAGGAGGACACAAUGCAAGCUCACUGACCUGGAUAUUAGAAAAAAGAAUAAGAGACGAUUAUGCAGUGCUGGCCAAGUAUCAAGUUGUUACUCAAAGUACCAGCUAGGGCCUCUUAAACCAGUUGGAUUGCCUUUGCUGGGUGGAUUUGCAAGCAGAGCUGUUGAAUAUUCCAUGAUCCCAUUUCACUUGCCUCUUCAUGGAAGCUCCUAAGUCUAACAGCAAAAUCCAUGAAUUGUCAAGAUAGUCCUGUCACAUAGUCCCUAAUAAGCAUGCAAUACUGUGAAUUAUUGUAAAAACUGAGCAAGUUAUUGCUGUAAUAAGAAACUGCUUCAAAGAGCUAGACACUAAAUUCUUUUCUGGGUGUUGUAUUUAAUCAAGUUGUUGGGGUUGCUUGAAAGCAAUGUGUUUCACCUGGCCUAGAAAUGUAAAGGCACAGUCUGCUGGGAAACGUCCCUGGAAGAUUGUGCCCAUUCUGAUUACAAAAAGCAUCUUAUGACUGACUUCUGAACAUGCAUGCCAAAGUCUCUUAAGAAUGGUUAGCCAUUCAGUUUUGAUGCCCAGAAGUUGCAUGCUUGACAAAAUGGCUUCCAGAGGUUUUUUCUCCAUAUAUAUAGUAAAAUAGAGUUGUCUGUUUUUAUGUGACAUGUUGCAUGCAUCUUAAAAUAUGGGUCUUAAGAUGCAUGUCUUUUUUUAAAAGAACAAUGGAAACAACCUUGCAGAAGAUACCUGAUAUAGCCGCUUCAAAAACUUCUCUCUGGUGUAAUUGCGAUUGCUAUAAUGAGCCCGAUCUGUUAUGUGUACUUCGUGUUAACAUGAGCUUUUUGUCUGCAGAGCUUCCUUAAAAUUACCCCUUUUAUGGGCAAUUGAUUGACAAGUUGUUUGACUAUAAGGGUUCUUUACUGGAUACCCUGGACUUCUGCACUGUUACCUCACCUGAGACAAGCUUACAGGAAUGUAAUCAUGGAAACUAUGGGCUUAACUCGCAACCAGGUGGCGGACACUGGCAUUCCUAGUUAAUGAAUGGCGAAGAAUGAAAAUGAGGGUCACCAGAAUGGCCUGAGCCUUGUUUGCCAGUGUUGGAAGUGCUUUCUUCAACCUAGGUUCCGGUCCAGGCAGUUCAACUGGUUCAGCUCAAGUGAGCCUGAUGAUGGGUGCACAUCUGUAUUGGUAGGAUUGGACCAAGACUGCUGCCUGAACCAAAGAAGACAAAGCAGCCCUUCUUCCCAUUCCAUGUAUCAAAGCUGACUGGACUGGCAGCUGCAUCUUACUUACUGGAGGCAGAACAGCAUCCUCUGCUUCACCCAAGGCCAGCAGAGCUUAAGGCAGCCCAGGACAGGAUGUUUGGCUCGCACAGCUCUGACCUCCAGCACCGCACUGUUGUCUCCACCUGCGCCACCUGUUGCCUGCAACAGCCGCCUUACUCUGCUUAACAUAAGGCUGCUCCUGUUGGGGUAUUUUAGUUCUCCCUUGUCAGUCCAGGGCAGUAGUCUGCAAAGUAUGAGGAGUAAUUGAGUGCAGAGGGAACUUGUUCACUAUCAGUUGGGGCUGUUACCCCAGUUAUGAGCUAUAAGCCGCUUGAAUAUAUAGCUUGAGUUUCUAGGUGGGAAUCCAGUAAUAAAUCUACCUCUGCACCCAUUUACCAAUUAUAUAUUGUAUUCAUCUUAGUUAAGUGGGACACUUUUUUGGUGGACCGUGCAAGUCUCCAAGAUGUCAACUCUGGAAAAAGUUCUUUAGGCUGAAGGGAAAGAGGACAUAAUUUUUAUGGAGGCUGAAAUAUUUCACUCUCUUUUCCUCCCUUGAGCCAGACCUGCCAGGCUUUCAUUAAAUGGCAAAGACAAUCAUGUAUAGCUUGGUUCAUGGUAUAGUCUGUAGCUCUGCUCCUCCUCCUCAGCCUGAGCUCUCUGUAUGGAAGUAUCGAGAACAGUGUAGCAAGGAGACAUUUAUGCACAUGUAUAUAUUACUUGGAUGAUGUUGCUUUAGUACUUGAGCUAUCGUUUAGUUUUGCUUGAUAAACUGAUUUUUUAAUGUUCGUGGCCAAUCCUACAGUGUAUAAUCAUAGUAGGUAUUUCUCAAAGAAUUCUAUCUCUGUAAGGUCACCUACUCAUUUUUUCAAAUUAUAUUUUAAAUAAAUGUAUAAAAUGCCAGAAUGUUUAAACUUUUGUAAUGAUUCAAUGCCAGUUAAAAGAGAUGGAUUGUUGCAGAACUACACUUGGCAAAAUAACUGUAGGGUAAAUCCAUUGCAGACUACAUUCUGCAGUAUCUGUUCCAGCAGAGCUAUGUAAUGCACUGUAAGGUAUAAUUCUGUCCACUAUAGUGAAAAAAGGCACUUAUAGACCUUCUGAAAUUACCAGUUUCUGUGUGUGGUUAUCCUGGGGUUUCUAUGCAUGCACCUUGGUUUAUUAAUCCACAGAACAGUUAAUACUGAUUGUACUCUAUUACUGAGCCAGUCAGUGAUUGGCAAGAGGAGAGGAGUUGCCUAUUCAUUUUUCCUUAAAAAAGGCAGAUGUAGGAUCCCAUAAACAGUAGGCAGAUAUCCCUGAACAUAGGUCCUGCUGUGCAUGGUGACUGAGGCAGGGAAUUUUAGUAUCUCCUUGGCAAUCUUUGUGCAGUGGGGUAUAUAGCCCAUAGCAAUCUGCAUGUAACUUACUAUCAGAACAUCAUUUUUAAAAGUAGAAUAAGAUCCUGCUAGGAUCCAUUCUUGCAAACUAGCAGAAGUAUCUUUGCAUAUUCCAAGGUCAGGAAACUAGAAAAAUGUAGAGUGAAUCUAAGCAGCCAACCAUGCAUUAGGCAUCUAAAGGAGUGGCAGGGCCGCCUGGACUGACUGCUUAACACACUGUAUCUGUAUUUUGUAAUCAGGCAGGCUGUGCCACAGCAGCUACUGGAUUGCCACGAAGAGUAAUCUUUACAAGACAGCAGGCAGUUACUAAACAUAGCUCUUCGCUAUAGCCACAUUUUGAACACAAUCCAAAAGGCCACUAUUUUUUAAGCAUGAUUUUGAUUGCAGAUCACCCAGUGGUUCUUAGCCUCUGUCCAAAUAGCAUAAACAUAUUCAUCAGGACAUCAAGGGCUACCUACGUUUACUCCAACACAGCCUGUAUACUGUUUUCAGUGGACCUUUGUUAAAAAUACCCAUGCUUUUUACCUGUGGUAGCUAAUAUGCUGGACUUUUAUUAGAAUAACACUCUCAGUUCUGCUGCAGUAGCUUUAUCACCACUCCCACACCCAAUCCAGCUGCAGUUACAAGGAAUUCAUGGUGCAUGUCAGCUAGCGGCCCGACCUAAGGAUACAUAUCCAUACUGCAAUGGUUGGUCUCACCUGCAGCACUAUUUUCCCCCCAUAGUAAAGAACUAUAGCAACUCAGGCAUACAUUUACCCUCUAGACAAAUGAUGCCCUUAUAUCUGCUACUGGAUAGUGUUUGUAAUAAACAGAUGCUGUUUGCCUUGUCCAUCAAACAACAUUACUUGAAUAGUCCCUCUUCUGAGUUCUGUUUCUUGGUCAUGCUAGGAUUUAAAAACAUAGCUUUUAGGUAACUGUCACCGAUUAAGGUCUCUCUUCAGAAUGAGUCAAAAAGCACUAGGAACGUGUACUAGCAGAAGUCAGGCAGAGAUGGAUUAUAAAUUACAUUUGAGCAUACCAGGUAAACUUCCAAGCCCCUUCCCUACAUUCACUGUCUUGAAUUCCAGUUGUGCUUUGGUUUCUGCAACCCUUCCAAUAUUCUUAUUUAAGUAAGCACAGUACAACAGCCCUUUGCACAAAAGUUUUUCAACAAUCAACUUUUCAAGAGCUGAACUCUCAAACCAUUAGUUGUUAUUGCUUAGAUCAGUUGCAAGAUUUGUUACAAGCUACUGCCACUAGUGAAACAACAUGGUGCAAGUAGACAUGGUGCAAGCACUAAAGAAUAAAAAUAAAAUACAUUGUCAAGAUCUAUGGUUAAACCAAAAUAUUCCGUGUUACAUACUGAUCCUUUAGCUAGUUAACAGGUUGAAGCCCAAGACUGUUAGUGGAAGCAAGCCUGUGUAAAGGAACCUUCCCAUUUAGUCCUGCCCCAUUCAUAAAAUUGCCCUGUUUUUAAAGCAUGGACUGUGGUACAAGUGGGAAUAGGCUGAAGUUUUAGUGAUCUGCUGUUACAAAGUGCCCCCGCCCCACUAUUUUUCAGGAGCAGAUCAGGGGAAGGAAGGGACAAUAAAUUCUAUUCUGUGAGCUUCCACCCACUUAGAAUUCUCCAGAUCUAACAGAAUGUACUGUAGGAUGCCCCUAGUCUCUCUGAUUACCUUGUGCCUCUAUAAAGCCCAUAUUCCAACUUUUCCCAUUUUGAAAAGAAUUAAAUAUAUGCUGAAAACCACUGCAACCUCAGCUUUAAAAGAAGGAAAAAGGCCAACAACUGAUCCAUUUUAUCUCUGAUUGGCAAGUUGUCACAGUUGCAACCAAGUGGGAUCUCUAUAGGCUGCUGUUGCUAGGUCGAAUAGGACUGCAUUCCAAAAAGAGCUGCACUUGGAUAAGCCAAUGAAAAUGUUCAUUUUUGAUAAUGCAAUAAAAGUGAGAUUAAUGUAUCUAUUUUAGAUCAUUUUUAUUGUUUUAAAUCAGCUCCUGGCCUCCCCAUAACCAGAUUCUACAAAUGAAAGUUUCUGAGAACUGGAACUUAUUUGACACAGAAGAUAAGCAGCCAAUCUUUAAAAUGAUGUGCCUUAAAUCUACCCAUGAAGUAGAAGCUAAGUUUCAUAACACCGUAACUGGUCAGCUGUAUAGUUUUUAACCAAAAGCUCAAAAAUGAAGAGAACAAGUAGUUUGCAGCUCUUCUUGCACUAUUGUUUUGUACAUUGUGUGCAAUUUUCUGAAUAAGCAUUUUAGCAUAAAAUGACAUCCUGGGGUUGUAGCUUCACAGAAAACUAUGAACAUAAAUCAUUGUACCUCUUUGCAUGUACAUACAAGACUUCAGUAUAGGUCAUUCAAGAAUCAGAUACUGUCUUUUUAACAGUAUGUUGUAAUUUUUCUAUCCUUUUGUUGCUAAUUAUAUAUUCUUUCUGGUUUUAUUUUGUGCACAGAUGUUAAUAUAUUUAUGUAAUGUGAUGUGUAAAAGUUAUUCAUAAAUUCAAUAGUUUACCUUGGUGCAACGCUGUAUAAAAUGCAAAGGGUUUUUAAAAUCUUACAGAUUAUAAUUAUGAGAACAUAUGGUAUGCUUUUUAAAACAUAAUUUCCAUUUAUUCUAUGAAAUGUCUGUCAAUUUUUUAAAAAAAUCUAAAAGGCCAUUGAUUGUAAGGGUAACAAACUCUUUAAAGAGUCAUUUAACAAGCCUUCACUUUAUCAACAUUUUUACCAAGUGUUUGGUGGUGGGGAUGACACUUUGUAGGAAGUUAUAUCAAACUCAGAAUAAAAGGUUGUAAACUA